AUGAAUGGCUUCGCAACGCGUGGCCUCGACGAGGAUGCGUUCGGAGAGAAGUCCGGGCUGCAGGCUGGCCUGAAGACAUUCGAUGCAUUUCCCAAAACCAAACCCUCCUACACAGCUCCCUCCCGGCGAGGCGGCCAAUGGACCGUCCUAAUCCUCCUCAUCUGCACCGUCUUCUCCCUCUCCGAAUUCAAAACCUGGUUCAAGGGCUCCGAAAACCACCACUUCAGCGUCGAAAAGGGCGUCUCACAUGACCUCCAGCUGAACCUCGACGUCGUCGUCCAGAUGCCCUGCGACGCGCUCCACGUCAACAUCCAAGAUGCUUCCGGCGACCGGAUUCUGGCCGGUGAGCUUCUGAAGAAGGAUCCCACGAGCUGGAAGCUCUGGAUGGACAAGCGCAAUUCCGAUCAUGAGUAUCAAACGCUUAGUCAGGAGGAUGCGAGUAGACUCGAGGCGCAGGAGGAGGACGCCCAAGUCGGACAUGUGCUUGGUGAGGUGCGGAGGAAUCCGAGGAGGAAGUUCCCCAAGGGCCCGAAGCUGAGGUGGGGGGAGAAGGCCGAUUCUUGUCGGAUUUAUGGGAGUCUGGAGGGGAAUAAGGUGCAGGGGGAUUUUCAUAUUACGGCCCGUGGACAUGGGUAUAGGGAUAUGGGGGGACAUUUGGACCAUGGGACCUUCAACUUCUCCCACAUGAUCACCGAACUCUCCUUCGGCCCUCACUACCCAACCCUCCUCAACCCCCUUGACAAAACAAUCGCAACCACCGAAUCCCACUACUACAAGUACCAAUACUUCCUCUCCGUCGUCCCCACCAUCUACUCCAAGGGCCACCAAGCCGCCCUAGACAGCACCCUCAGCUCCAAGCCCUUGCACUCCAAAAACGUCAUCUUCACAAACCAGUACGCGGCCACUAGCCAAGCCGCCGAGCUCCCCGAAUCUCCCUACUACAUACCCGGCAUCUUCUUCAAGUAUAACAUCGAGCCGAUCCUGCUGAUGAUCAGUGAGGAGCGGGGUAGUUUCUUGUCGCUGUUGAUACGCCUCGUUAACACCGUUUCUGGGGUGAUGGUUACUGGGGGGUGGGUUUAUCAGAUUGCGGGGUGGGCUGGGGAGCUUGUUAGGAGGAAGAGGAGGGGACGGUCGGAGGGAGUGCUGGAUGGGAAGUUGGCGGAGGAGUAGAUGGUUUCUUUUUUGGUUUUGGUUUUGGUUAUGGUUUUAGAUUUGAAUUUAAUUGGUGUUUUGCGUUCGUUGAUUAGGGUUAUGGGGUGUUUAUUUAGUAAACGUUGGUUUUUGGUAGCUUAGAUAGCUGGGCUGUUUUAUGUAUAUUGUUGUGGUUUUACUUUAUUAAAUAGUAGAUAUCAGUACAGCCAUCGAGGAAAAGAUAAGAUG